UUGAGUCUGCAGCAUGAAGCGUGGCGAUGCUGUUAAAAGGGAGAGAGAGAGAGGGGGAAACUGCGAAAUUCUCCGUAGGUCUGCUUCCCAUCGCAUCGAGUGCAAUAUUUGCAAAUUGAGUGUGUGAUUUUGUUUUCUAAGCAACCACUGCCGAAGAGCCAGGGGAUGCAGAGGUGCAGGUAGAGAGCGAUGGGAUCGAAACCCAGGGGCAGAGAGACAGAAUGAAGAAACUGGUGCGGCAUCUAAUCGCAGUGUUUUUGGGGCUUUCCACGUGUGGGACCCUGCUGGUGCUGUACGCGACUAAAGGCGAGCGGGGCGCGGACUCCAAACCACCCACCGGCGCAGAGAGGAGGAACAGCGUGCUCCCGGAGCCGCUUCCAGCGUUGACUGGAUACAUCAAUUUCAUCGACCGUAAGGCCCUUCAGGUGCACUGUAACAGCUGCGCUCUGGUCACCAGCUCAGGACAUCUCAUCGGGAGCAAGCGAGGGGCGGAGAUCGACCAAGUGGAGUGCGUCAUCCGGAUGAACGACGCGCCGACCCGGGGCUACCAGGAGGACGUGGGCCGCAGGACCAGCCUGCGGGUGGUGGCCCACUCCAGCAUCCAGCGGCUGCUGCAGAAGGGCAGCGAGCUGCUCAACGCCAGCCGACAGGCGGCCUUCAUCUUCUGGGGUCCCAGCAGCUGCAUGAGGAGGGACGGCAAGGGGCGGUUGUACAACCAGCUGCAGCUUAUCCACCGCAUGGCACCCCAUCUGAAACUACACACCAUCAGCCGGCAGAAGAUGCUGCAUUUCGACCAGCUCUUCGAGAGAGAGACUGGCAAGGACAGGAAAACCUCCAAUUCAUGGUUGAGUACUGGCUGGUUCACCAUGAUCAUUGCUCUUGAACUGUGUGACAGAAUUGAUGUCUAUGGCAUGGUCCCACCUGAACUCUGCAGGGACCCCACUCACCAACAGGUGCCCUACCAUUACUAUGAGCCCUCAGGGAUCGACGAGUGCACAAUGUACAUGUCACACGAGCUCGGCCACAAGGGGAGCCACCAUCGGUUCAUCACGGAGAAGCGCGUGUUUGCCAGGUGGGCAAAGAAAUACAGCAUCCACUUCCACCAGCCAGAGUGGGGUCCAGGCUCGGAGUCGGCGGCCGUCAAUCUCACAAGGGCUGAUGGCAGCCAGUGAGGAGGAAAUGCAGCCCUCGGAACAAGCAGUCAGCUGAGCAGCAGGCCAAGGAGCUGCCCAUCCAUUUCCUUUUGAUAAAUUUUCAUUCCUUGAAAGAUGAGAGAAGGUGCAUCGUUAAGAUGCCUUUCACAGUCAGAGAUGUGCAUUGGAGGUCUCGUAGUAUGGGUAAAGGGCCGAGGAAAUUACUGGAUAGCCACUACAACUCAAAAACACAGCGACCCUCAAGGCAGGGAUCUCUUCAGAGUUGAAAAUGUGACGGCUGUCUUUUUUUUUAAACUUAGCAAAGGACAGUGUUUCAAUUAUUAAUACCGAUUUUGUUAAUCUUGCAUGCAGCCUUUUACAAUUCUUGCAGGGUAUUUUUUUGAAUAUGUGUGUGUGUGAUGUCCCUUAUCCCAAUCACUGACCUAUAAUACUAUUUAUAUCGGAGGAAAUUUAUUAUCGUACUAGGCUGCAAUGCGUCAGUUUUGAACUUUUGCUGACAUUUUAACCAAAUACCAUGGACCGCUCAAAGUUGUAGCAACUAAUUAAUCUUCCUGUGUGCCAAGGACUCCUUUCACUGUGAGAAGGUAUUAUUUGGAAAAUAAAAGAGUCUCAAAGCCAGCAGAUGGUCUGUUCUUGUAUUCGGGAAAGGAGGAGGCAGUCCAGCCCCUCUUUCCUGUUCCACCCUUGAUCAAUAGCAACCUGC